AUGCCUACCAAAAUCACCCUAGGGGAGCUGGUAGACCUUGCAAUUGGCACGCCGGAGAUUGGGGCUGUCAACUUCAAUGCUCUCUACACCUUGCUCGUUGCUAUGCUCAAGCAGCUGAACCUGCAGGAUGUCAAAACUGAGUUGCCUCCCCAGGUCACCGAGCAGAGCCGGAGCAUAGAGUCUAUCCGGGGGUCCGCAGGUGUGACCCCGACCCCGAGCAAGGAAAAGAAAAGGGUCAGCAUCUCCAAGCAGCCUUCUUCAGGGAGAGCCGCACCCCAUGUAAUAGAGGCUCAGGUGAAGGACCUGGGGGGACAGGUACAGGAUUUAGGCAAACAAGUUCAGGCCAUUGGGAGCCAGGUGCAAGGAAUUGAGAGCCAUGUACAAGACAUCGGCUCCCAGGUUGAUCUGUUCGGGGAGCAAAUAGCUGCACUGGACAAGCUGCCAUCCGGCACCGAGCUGCUAGAGAAGACUCCAAGCGGCUCCCGGGUGUCAGACAUGUGGCAAAUGAUGCAGAUAAAAAAGAAAGUGGAAGCCAAUGAGGAUGGCAUUUCCAAGGUGAGCCAGCUUCGUUGUGGAGGGGGCAUCGGGGAUGGGGUUGAGGCCAUGGGACUGAUUCAGGAUGUCAUGAAUGAAGUCAAAGACUUGAAGGCAGAUCAAGAUAAGGGAUUUCUUCGGAAGGAGGUUCCCCAGGCAUUGAAAGACUACAGAUCAGUGGUUACAGAUCUGGAAGAACGGGUUACAGAUUUAGAGAAGAUAGUCAAUAGUCAAGAAAAUAAUCUGAAAGUUGUAACUCGGAGGAUGAGUUCGUACCCAGAAGACAACUCAAUAGUUACCUGGGAGGAUUUGGAGCAGGCAUUAGUUUCUGGUCGAAGAAACACCCCGGUGAUUGAGGAAAUUGGGAAAGGACUUAGGCCAAGCUUAGAGGAUAUACCUGGAGAAAGCAUGCUAACCACUGAAGAUAAGGAAGCGUUGAAGAAAUUAAGUUUACAGAAGAUGCCAUCUAUCACGGAGAUUACCCCCACACCUCAGGAAGCUGUUGGACCAAGGAAGAUUCUCACAGAACAGCAUGGCCCACAGCCCUCUGGCAUUCCACAACCACCCCCUAUAACCUCAGUCAGCGGCAUACCCCCUUCUGCACCCCCAGGCACUUCCCAGCUUCCUCCAGUAGCUCCAGGCAUAGCACCCCAGGCACCUACCCCGGAGCCCCUGGUACCUACCCAGGAGCCCCUGGUGCCUAUCCUGGAGCCCCAGGUGCCUACUCUGGAGGCCCUGGUGCCUAUCCUAGAGCCCCUAGUACCUAUUCAGGAGCCCCAGGUCCCUACUCUGGAGGCCCUGGUGCCUACCCCGGAGCCCCAGGUGCCUACCGAGGAGCCCCUGGUGCCUACCCCGGAGCCCCUGGUGCCUACCCUGGAGCCCCUGGUGCCUACCCCGGAGCCCCUGGUGCCUAUCCCGGAGCCCCUGGUGCCUACUCUGGAGCCCAGCCUGCACCUGGAGCCCAGCCUGCACCUGGAGCCCAGCCUGCACCUGGAGCCCAGCCUGCACCUGGAGCUCAGCCUGCACCUGGAGCUCAGCCUGCACCUGGAACCCCACCCACCUACCCACAAGUUCCUGGAACCCCACCCACCUACCCACAAAUUCCUGGAACCCCACCCAUCUAUCAACCCGUCCCUGGAGCACCACCUCCUUAUGUGCCAGGUCCCGGAGCCCCUGGUGCAGAUCAGCCAAUCCCUAUUGAUCCAGCCACUGCCAGGGCCUGGAGCCCCACCCAUGUACUAUCCAUUCCCUGGAGCCCCAGUCCAGUAUCCACCAAGCCCCAUGCCCCCCCCCAUGUAUCAAGCGGGCCCCUCGCCGCUUCCUGAAGGCCCAGAAACAGGCUCUCCAGCUCCUAUAAGCCCAACAGCUGUUCCUGGCCAGGAUCAAAGAUCCUCCUCAUUGCAGCCCGGAGAUGUACCCUCAGCCCCAGCUCAACAGGCUUCUGCAGUGCCAGCUGCUGAUCAGCCUGGCUCUGUUGCCCCAGACACCACCCCGGGUGGUGAACAACAUUUAAGCCAGACUGGCACUCAGACUGCGUUGCCUCCUGAUGCCCAGCCUGGUUUUGUGCCACCCUAUCCUUCCCACGCACCGCCUCAGCCUUCCUACAUGCCACCUCAGCCUUCCUACAUGCCACCUCAGCCUUCCUACAUGCCACCUCAGCCUUCCUACAUGCCGUCUUAUCCUCCCUACAUGCCAUCCCACACUCCCUACAUGACACCACAGCCUUCCAUGGGACCACAGGCACCAUGGUCCAGUCCAUCAUCGUCCAUGCCGUAUAUGUAUUCUGUCCCUCCGUACCAGUAUCGUCGGACACCAAGCCACCGAGAGAAAAGCUCAUUAGAAAGAGAGAGUUUCAGCUUCCCCUUCGCCUUAGAGACCCUUCGUUUGAUGGGGGAGCUUACCAACUACUACCUGAUUCUGAAGGAGCAGAUGGGGGCGCUGGAUGAAGACGCUGGCCACUCUGAGCUGGAGAAGUUACAAUUCCUGAUAGGGAAAUUAACCAAUAAGACCAUUCCCGAUGACAUGCUGGAACAGCUACGUGGUCUUAAAGCCUUAACCAAAGAAAUUCAAGAGGAGAGGGAAAAAAUGAAGUUAAUGCAGCGAAUCCUGGAAGGGGAGGAGGAAGAUGCUGAAGAGGAGAGGGAAAGGUCUGGCCAGCUGAGUCUGCAGCUAAGCAUCCUCAGAGUGAAUGUGAGUGACAUAGAGAAGGAGCUGGCGCUACUGAGGGAACGGCAGGAGCAGGGCAAGGCCAUUGUGGAGCAGUCAGUGACUGAAGCCACCAUUUAUCUCCAGGAACAGUUAGAUAAGCUCAGGAUGAUCAUAGAAAGCAUGCUGACUUCAUCAUCCACGCUGCUGUCUAUGAGCAUGGCACCGCCGAAGACUCCAGCCCCCUUGGACCCUGGUAAAGUUGACCCACAUACCACCUGUCCAGCUUGCAGCCUGGACCUGAGCCAGCAAGUCAGCAGGUUAGUGCAGCGCUAUGAGCAACUCCAAGAUAUGGUCAAUAGCCUGAUGGUGACUCGGCCCUCUAGAAAGAAUCAACUCCAAAACCAGGAUGAAGAGCUACUGGGUCAUAUCCAGGCCACUAUACUUCAGGUGCAAGGUGACUGUGAGAAACUUAACAUCACCACGGGCAAUCUCAUUGAGGAUCACAGGCAAAAGCAGAAAGACAUUGAUGUCCUGUACCAGUCCCUGGAGAAGCUAGAGAAGGAGAAAGCCAACAGGGAACACCUGGAAAUGGAGAUUGAUGUGAAAGCAGAUAAGACUGCCCUUGCUGCCAAAGUGAGCCGAAUCCAGUUUGAUGCCACCACAGAACAGCUGAACCAAAUGAUGCAGGAUCUGCUGACAAAGAUGACUGGUCAAGAGAAGGAUUGGAAGAAAGUUCUGGACAAGCUCCUGGUAGAAAUGGAUACCAAGCUGGAUCGCCUAGAGUUAGAUCCUGUAAAGAAGCUGCUGGAGGAGAGGUGGAAGGCCUUGCGCAAGCAGCUGAAGGAACAGUCCCCACUCUAUCAGUCUGACGAAGCUGCUACCAUGCGGAGGCAGCUUUUGGCACAUUUCCAUUGUCUUUCAUGCGACCGGCCCUUGGAAACAGCUGUACCUGGACCGAUCAUUCCCUCAGUGCCUAGUGGCCCAGGACUGCCAGCACAUCGUUCUAACCGUCCCUACACCAUCUAUGAAUUGGAGCAAGUCCGGCAGCAAAGCCGCAACAUGAGGUUGGGCACCGCUUUCCAACGAAUGGAGCUGGGACAGCUGGAACGGAGUGUGGGCCGCCUGCACUCCAUGCACUCCAAGAUGCUCAUGGACAUAGAAAAGGUCCAGAUUCACUUUGGAGGCUCGGUCAAGAGCAGCAGCCAGAUGAUCAGGGAGCUGAUCCAGGCCCAGUGUCUCGGUUCCUCCUACUACAAACGGAUUCAAGAUAUGCCAGAUUACUCCUACAUGUCAGUACCUCGUCGUUGUGGUGGAAGCCAUACGCUUACCUUCCCCUACCGACGCUAUGCCCGCCUACAGCACCUGGCUCAGUGUGUCUACCCUACAGAAGAUGUACAGGCCUCCUUGAAGCAUGAGGUGGAUAUCUUGGGCCUGGAUGGACAUAUCUACAAAGGACGGUUAGAGACAAGGCUGCCUGGAAUCCCAAAUAAGGAAGCCCAGCAAACGAAGGGCAGACCUGUCUCCUCUCAGGGGCGCCUCACGCAGCUUAAUGCCACGCACCCACCAAGCCCCACAACUGUUAACCCCAGUAACCUCCCCUAA